AAAAGAUUGUCUAUUCGCCGUCAAGAUGGCGUCAUCGAAGGAAACCUAUUGUUUGUGUGGUCAACCAUAUAAUAUUGGACAAUUUAUGAUAGAAUGUGAUUGCUGUCGUGAAUGGUUCCACGGAAGCUGCGUCGAUGUAAAGAUAUACCACUCGGAUGACAUUGAUAAAUAUCACUGUCCAAAAUGUGCUCAAACUUAUGGCCCAUCAGUGUUGAAAAUUCCUACAAACAAUCAUCGCGCUGAUCGGUAUGAGCUAGGUGCUGAGACUAGACCCUCCCAAGUGGGUACUCCAGCAUGGGUGCGAGCGUUAGCUGCGCGGCCCCUCAGACCAGCUCCGGCUGCGUUACAAAAAAUGAGGGGCCAGUAUUUCACAGAGGAGUUUGUCAGAGACGAUGGAUUCAACAGACCGAUUAUAUUUCACACUUCGGAAGGCUUAGACAUGAAGACACCAAACCCAGCCACUUUCACUGUAAGAUCGGUUUUGCGGUUCUGUGGAGCUCAGUUAGAGGUGGAGGUCAUAGAUGUUCGUAAACAAUCUACUUUGCGUAUGUCCCUGGGUGAUUUUGUUGAUUACUUUGAAACACCACCUGAACAUCGAGAUGAGAAGGUGCUCAAUGUGCUAAGCCUUGAGUUCUCAGACACAAAUAUGUCCACCCUGGUGGAGCCCCCGUCGAUGGCGCGUCGCCUGGACUGGGCGGUGCGCGCGUGGCCCGCGAGCGGAGGCCGGCCGCGGCCCGCGGUGCAGAAGUACUGCCUCAUGUCCCCGGCCGCAGCCUACACCGACUUCCAUGUAGACUUUGGGGGGACUACGGUGUGGUAUCACGUCCUUCAUGGCCGGAAGAUAUUCUAUUUGGUGCCACCAACUGCCACAAACUUAGCCCUGUAUCAACAAUGGAGUGCGUCUAACAACCAAAAUGAACGCUUCUUCGGUGACAUGGUGGAAUGGUACGGCACUGCUGAACUAUGCGCUGGCCAGACUUUAUUCAUACCCAGUGGGUGGAUACAUGCAGUAUUGACGCCUUGCGACUCGCUCGUGUUCGGGGGAAACCUGCUGCAUUCAUACGCCAUCGAGAUGCAGUUACAAAUCUACGAGAUAGAACGCCGAGUAGAGACUCCCAUAAUGUUUCGGUACCCGUUAUUCGAAGCUAUGCAUUGGUAUGCGGGCGCACAUCUACUCACCAUGUUACGGCGACAUAAUGAAGAAACGCAGGACGAAGACUUCACAAUUAACGAGAGCAGUGUGAGCACACCGCCUGCGCAGCUCCCUCCACUGCUACUGAGAGGAAUCAAGCUAUUAUCCAACGCCCUCAAGGAAUGGCAUGCUCUCAAGAGUACGGACCCAGCUAAGCGAGACAACGUACCAAAAUGUUUGAAUUCCGGCCAAUUGGUUCGCGAGCUAUGCAAAGAAUUACGGACGUUGGAGAAAAGGUCAGCCAGCGCCGCCAAUAAAGAUAAGGACGUAAAAAUUAAAAGCACUUCACCGACAAAGUCACAUUCGAAGAAACAGCAAAGCGCAAAGAAAUCUCUAAAAUUGACACUUCCGAAACCCAUAAUGCACAUGGCGCAGAACGGGGAAUACGUUGAUGAGAAAGUUUAUGCGGACAAAUUCUAUAUAGACAACAAGGAAGUCGUCUAUAAUGAUGUCAGGUAUAUGACGCAGGACGUGAAAUACGUUAACGGUGCCCCUGAAGCAAAAUACGUUACUGACAACAAGGAGAUGAUGAUCACGGACAAAUAUCCGUAUCCUAAUUACGAGGAGCAGAUAUACGACAAUGGAUACAUCGAUCGGCAAGACAAGAAGACUGUACUGAAGAUUAAAAUGAACAACUCCCCCUCAUCGUCGCGAGAUGAACCACCACCCCCCUACAACGUGGAACAUUCCAUACUGAAGUCUCACCUCAUCAGAGCCGAUAGACCUGCCUUAAAACCUAUACACCAAUGGACUAUAUCGAAGAAAGACGUCGGGGAUUAUCAUGAGGAACAGAUUCUGUUCACAAAUGAGAAUCUGCAUGCUAGCAUGAGAAUUGAUAACCCACAGAUCACUUAUGGCCCUGGCAUGUACUCGGCAGAAGACAUUCAACCCGACUACCAGUAUUCUGAAGCAGCCAAACCUGGCUCUUACCAGCCUGAGUAUGGUUAUCAACCAGAAUAUGUGGACACUUACCAGCGAUACGAUGAACCACCCAUACAGACUGUGCACCAGCAGGGUGCAAGUUACACCAACGUAGCGGCACCACCGCCAGAACCAAUAGAGAGCUACCAAGAACAACCUAGUCGAUUACCAUCCUAUGAUGCUGCCAUCGCCCAGUAUGCACCCGUACCCACGGAAUAUACCCGGGAAGAACCCAAAGCUGUCCGUCGGUCAGAGCGGCCGGUCCGUCGAAGAGUGUCCAACACUUACGACUAUGAAGACGGAGACCUUUACAUAGACGACACGCCGGCUCCUAGACGAAGGAAACAGGCCAAACACAAACACUAUAGGACGCAACCAGGGUCAAACAGCAACAGUAAUUACAGACAGAGCACUUCCAGGCCGGCGCCCGCUAACGGCAUCGAGUCUCUCAUACAGGCAUCCGUCAUCGCUGAAGGGGAAUCCCCCGUGGAUGAUACCACGGAGGACGUGGCUGUGGCGGGGAUGCUCAGCAUCAGCUCGCGAUACGCGGCGCCGGUCACCUUCGGGCUGGCGGCCAACCAGGCUACCACCAGCUCGCCGCAACACAGCAGUAGUACGGCGAGUAGUAGUAAACGGGCUCGGAAGCCGGCGGCCGCGGUGAGUAGUGCCGAAGAAGACUUCGCCGAUGAAGAAGACGUCAUCAAAGAAGUCCAUAGGGACGAAGAGUAUGUAUACCCAUCUUUGGAGAUGAGUUCUGAUGAAGACGAAGACUGGACGGUAUCGAGGCGGCGGCGAACUUCCAGGAACAGGGUCGAUAACAAAUCCAAAGUUGACAAGGACGAGUGCUGGUCCCCCGGGGCCCGCGUGGGUCGCGUGUCCCCCCGCAGCCGUGGCCCCGCGCGCCCCCACGUGCGCCGCGAGUGUGUGCGCGCCGCCCUGCAGCACGCCGCGCACGCACCGCACGCGGCGCAGAAUGCGAAACGGGCAGUCAUAGCGACAAAAAGCAAGCGGCCGCCACCGCCUGUACAGAAUACGCCAAAUAACAAGAAUUCAAGACUGAAAAAGGGUAUGAAGACGGCCAAGCAGCGUCUCGGUAAAAUCCUUAAAAUACACAAAAUGAUAUAUUGAAACUAGCUUACUUGUUGUAUAUUAUGUCGUAAAAAUAUAGUUUAGUUACACAUAGUUGUAUAUUUUAUAUGAAAUGAUAUGUAUGUGUUAGCACGGACCAAUGGGUGUUGUCGUAAGCAUUUCUUUUUUUUUCCUAUUUCUCGUACAGGUACAAUUACGUCCAAAUGGUUUUAGCAAGCAUUUUAUGUUCGUAUUUUUCUGUUAUAAAUCUGACGUAACAUAAUUACUAUGAUCUUCAUUAGUUUAUUUCCUUAAGAUUAUUUUUAUAAAUUAAGAGUAUAUAUUACUUUUUCGUAUAAAAAAAUAUUGAGUACAGAUGAAACAUCAAUAUUAGAAGAAAAAGUUCAUCGUACUGACGUGAGGGCGGCUUGUUGAUUUUUGUUGAUUAGAUAAAUAUAUAAAUUAUAAUCAUCAUCACAAUAUUGGACUUCGAUUUUGAUGAAACCUUUAUGAUAUAUUUGACCUUUACAAAUUAUAUUACCAUUACGGACUUUUUAUAAACUUUAGUUUUUGUAUAUUAUUAACACUUGGCUGCAAUAGGGAUGAUGACUAUUUUUUUUCUUCGUUUAUCAGGUAGAUUAUCAAAAAGUAUUGGACACGUAUUUUUUAUUUUUUCACAUAAUAUAAACAUUGCAGAGAUAUAUUGAUUUGUCAAAAGUCGUAUGACGUCACGAGCCCCUACUCCCAAACUUUGACGCGCUAUAACUUUAUCAUUUUUUGGUUGAUUGCCCAAAGAAAAAUACGUGUCCAUUAUAUUUUGAUCAUCUAACUGACGGACUAAAUAGAAUUUCAUUUACUGUACCCGUCAUCACCCCUAUUUAUUUAUGUGGCUCGCAACUGUCAAGUUUGUUUUUUUAUUACUACUUACAUUAAAUGUAAUGUUUAUAAAUAAUUUCUAUGACCAUUGUACGGACAUCAAAAACAAAUGGUCAAUUUAGAUUAUU